CAACAUAGCACAUGCAAAUUAAAGGUAAUAUUAGCAUGAAGUAAUCAUUAAAUACAAAACAGACAGGGAGAAAACAUACAGAUUUUAAUAUUCCAGGGCUCCGAACUUCUAAAAAAGUGCUCUCUUUCUAGACAAAAUUGAAAACGUUAGUAAUUUCCGCUUCAGUUUAGACUUCUCUUUCCUAUCCCAUCUGUCACUCUAACCCCACCCACAGAAGUCACGUUCAGUCUCGCCACCUCUUAAGCAAACAACACCAUGAACCAGAACCUAGAAGAGACGCAGCCGUAGAUCCAGUGCAUCCCUCGGGAAUUGUACAAGGCAUGACCUCUGCCCAUGGGAACACUUCGGGUGCUUUGGUGAGCACACAUGACAGAGCCAAUGGCUCCGGGGAGUGCUAAAACCACUCUCCCCGGCAGUACUUCCGAAUUCUCAAGGACUUCGCCGGAAAAUAGUGAUCGGUCGGGAUGAGAAUCUAAACCCGAGAAGAGUGGGAACCUGUCACAGCAGAAAGUAAAAGAAGGAGGAAAUAAAGGACAGAGGCUCACAGGAGAGUAGAGGUGCGCGAGAAGCCACAAGAAUUUAGCGAUGCGAAAGGCUGGCGUGACUCCAGGUGCACAGAGCUACUCACUGUCCCGUCCGUUCCUCUCUGUCCUGUGGAUGUUUGAAGAACUGUUAUAAUUGCACUAUUUAGAUGAAGAUGCCUGGUAAAACAAAUGUUUCCAAGAAGUCUCAGCAGGUAAAAAGAAAUCCAAAAAGAAAAAUUGAUGAUGAAGAAGUAAAGUUGCCAGAGAAAGAGGUUAGAAAAACAGUAAAAAGAAAUAAAAAUCAUACAAAACGUCUGUCUUCUGAAGGGCAAACAAAUCUAAAACGGGUAAAGAUAAGCUCCACCAAGAGAAAAACUUGGCAGCCUCUUUCAAGGAGUACCAGAGAGCAUUUGCAAACUAUGAUGGAAUCAGUAAUAAUAACAAUUUUGAGUAAUAGUAUUAAAGACAAAGAACAAAUUCAAUAUCAUCUCAACUGUCUGAAGAAAAGGUUGCUACAACUGUAUGAAACUCUCAAAGCCCCUUCCAAAAAGCUAAAAGAUUUAACUAAUGUGUCAAGUCUACUGAAUAUGGAAAGAGCACAAGAAAGAGUUAAUGAAGAUGGUCUGACAUUACUACAGGAAGAAAUAGAUAAACUAGUGGAGACCACAGAGUUGAUGACUGGGAAGAUUCAGAGCCUAAAGAACAAAAUACAGAUUCUGGCAAGUGAGGUAGAAGAGGAGGAGCAGAAGAUGCUUCAAAUGAGUAGUAGCGGGGUACUCUCUCUUCCACAGCUUUCUCAGAACAGUCUGAAAGCACCCACACUUCAGAAAGAAAUUUUGACACUAAUUCCAAACCAGGAUGCUCUCCUAAAGGACUUGGAUGUUCUUCAUACUUCAUCCGAGGUGAAAAACAUGUUAAUCUUCAUCGAAGAAGCCUAUAAGAAACUAGAGACCUCUUGAAGAAUUUUUUUAUAUGUUCCAUAUUAAAUUUUUACUUUUGAAUUUGUAGUUGUUAACAUAUACUGAUAUUAUAAGCACUGAAGCUUGUUAUUUCCUAAUAUGCACUUUAAAAUUAACUUCUGGAAGCAAGUGUUUGACUUGGUGGUUAAGACCAUUGUGCCCCACAUUGUAGUGCCUACGUUCAGCUACCUUCUAGCUACAGCUUCCUGGACCUCUAUCUCUAGUUUUUCAUGUGCAGAUUUUGGGAAUCAUUCAUGAUGGCUCAAGUAGCUGAGUCCCUGCAGCCCACAUGGGAGACCUAGAUUGUGUUCCUGACCCCAGAGUUUGGCCCGAACCCAUCCCUGACUGUUGUGGACAUUUGGGAAGUAAGUCAAUCAAUCCAUCCAUCUAUCUUCAUCUUAAUUAAAUAACAUUUUAAAAAUAAAUUAAAAAAUAAAAUUAGUCUCUGUAGUUCUAUCAUUAAUAUCUAAUAUAGUCCUGAACUUUUUUCAUCAAUUGCUAAUCUAAUAAAUCAGUAUUUAUAUUGCUAUAUCUUUAAUUAUUUGCCUAAAACUGUAAACUAAAAAUAGUUAUGAUCUUUUUGUUUGGAAUUCAUUUAUUGGUUACCAUAGAGAACUUAGGAUAAUAUAAUUUAAUAUAUGUAAAGUGUUUAUGUGGUGCCUGAUGAAUAAACCAUAAGUAUUUGCUAUCACUCAUUCUAUAGCUGCAGUUUCUUUCUGGUCAACUGGAACAUGAGAAACCCUCAAAUGCCUGCACUAUGUUUCCUAAUUCCUUAGUCUUUAUGUAGAGUUAAGGUUUGUUGGGUAUUUUUAACUUCGAAGGUAGCAUCAACAUUUUAUUUACUUUUUUGGUUGGUUAGUGAAUAGAUAUUGGAUGUUUGUUUUCUGCUGCUUUCAAUGCAUGUUUUCACUUAAGAAAAUUAUUAAAAAAGAAUCUAUGCACAUUUAUCCACUUAAAACAAAAACCCUUGUCUGUCAUUAUGAUAAUAAAGUUAUACACAUAAAUACAAAAA